CUUGGGUGGCCAAGAGAAGUCCAUGAAGAGGACCGCCAAAGAGUUGGACACAAUCAUAAGCGGUUGGCUAGAGGAACACAAAAGGAUUAACAAAAAUUUGAGCGAGAAGAGGGGUGAUCGAGAUUUCAUGGACGUCAUGCUAUCGACCCUUAAUGGCAUGGACAUUGGAGGUUUCGACGCUGAUACAAUUGUCAAAGCUACAUGCUUGGCUGUUCUAUCAGGCGCUACUGAUAGUACAACAAUCACCCUAACAUGGGCAAUCUCUUUGUUGCUAAACAACCGUCACGUUCUAAAGAAGGCUCAAGAAGAACUAUACACUCAAAUUGAUAAACAAAGACAUGUGAAUGAAUCAGACUUCAACAACUUAACUUAUCUAUAUGGCAUAGUAAAGGAGAUCCUCCGAUUACAUCCACCAGUUCCGCUGGCCGUACCACACGUAUCAACUCAAGAUUGCAUCAUCAACGGGUAUUAUGUCCCCAAAGACGCGAGGUUGAUCUUGAACUUGUGGAAAAUUCAAACUGAUUCAAGAGCAUGGCCUGAACCAAUGAAGUUUAGGCCUGAGAGGUUCUUGAAUAGUCAUAAGGAUUUGGGUGUGAAGGACCCUAAUUUUGAGUACAUGCCAUUUGGAGGUGGUAGAAGAAUUUGUCCUGGGAUGUCCUUUGGUCUUCAGUCGGUGCAUUUGGUGCUUGCUAAGUUGCUGCAUGCAUUCGAAGUAUCAACUCCUGACAAUUCGCCGGUGGAUAUGUCGGAGAGUUUUGGAAUUACGGUUGGCAAGGAGACGCCGCUCGAAGUAAUGCUUUCACCAAGAUUGCCUACAGAAGUCUAUGAAUUUACAUGAAACACCAGAAGAAUGAGAAAUAAGUCGACGGCCAAGUUACCACUAUAUAAAUAGGCUGUCCAUGUGUUGCUUUUAUCGGGUCGUUAUUAGUUUCUGCAUUCAAACAAUCGAUGACUCCCAUUCAGUAUGUCUUUUGUGAAUACAUAGAAACUAUGUUGAUGCUCUAAA